AUGCAAACGGUACACGUGAUGACUGGGCUACUGCUCUUCUUUGAUUUGCGGCUUUGUUCACAAGAAACAGGUUGUGAACAGGGAUGGUUCGGAUCGCAGUGCCAGUAUAAAUGUCGAUGUACACACAACUACUGUGACAAGGAGGGCCGGUGCAAAAGCGGCGACAGGUGUGAUAAGGGCUGGUUCGGACCCGCAUGUCAAUACGUGGAUGAAGCUUUUGGGACCUCGACGCUCAGGGAGGUGACCGAUGGCGAUGAUGACACCUGCGUCAGUGACCCCGCAACCCGGCGGAUCGCCAUCUCAGUCGUGCUCAUGUUUACCUGGUUGAGAGUUCACUUCAGUACAGACGGUAGGUAUCAACCUGUAGCGAGCCUUUUUAAGCUUUGCCCGGACACAUCAUUAUCAUGA